CAAGAGCAUUGCUUAAUUGGUUGCUCUAAACAGUGAUGUGUUUCCAUUUAAACUCUGGUCCAUUUUCUAGUGAUCAUUAGCAGAUCAUGACGUGGCAUUUAUUAGUGAGUUAAUCGAAUACCUGAACACACACUGGCAUAUGUUUUUCUGAGUGAAAUUCAUAGAAUAAUAAAUGAAAUCUACUGGCUUACAAAUAUGCAUUCAAUCUUUGAAGAAAGACUUGUGGGUAUUAAACCCUUAUAACUUACAAGCCAAGUUUCUCAUCUAAUCUAAUUAAUAUAAGUUUUGUUGUUUUUUGCUUUUGUUUUCUAUUAGAGGAUUGAAUUCUUUUUCUUGAUGGAGUGGGUAAACCAAUGACCAAGUAAAAUAUGGUUAUGACUCUUAUUAUUUUGAAGACAUCUACAUCAUGGUGUAAUAUUUUAAUAUAGAAUAUGUCUAAGAACAUAGAAUUAAACACAAAAUAUAUAUCAAUGAAUAAAUUUUUUUAGAUGUAAAUCUAACCGACAAAUAUUGUAAAAUUUUAUCUAUUCAUAUAUAUUUUCUCUGCUCAGUUCUAUGAUCAAUUUUUGUGUUCGUAACAGAACUGCUUAAUAUAAUGCAUUAAUCUCUUUUAGGGGACCCUUCAAUCAAUCUUAUCAGCAUCCACCCCCAUUGUUUAUAUCAUUUCUCUCUUUGGAAUCUUUCACUCUAUCUUUUAUUUUUAGUUCUAUUUGUUUGAUUAGAUUCUUCCCUAAUCAUUGAUCCCACACACUACUAAAUUCAAUCUUUCAUUGGUCUUAAAGUCUGUUUCAAGGUUGAUUUUCAGGCGAUUGUUUCUGGGUUUAAGUUCUGGUAUUCAAUCUGGGUUACGAGUUUGAAUCUCAGUUUGAUCUUUCAUAAUUUUUAGCAAGAACACUGGGGUGGUUGAUGGAGGAAUUUGUUGGUCCCAGGUUGUACAGCUGCUAUAAACGUCGAAACCGUGUUGCUCUUCAUGAUGACAUUAUUUCCAAAGGUUUUCAGGCCAAAAACAGACGAGCAUUUCUAUUCUCUCAUGCAACCAACAUUGUUGUGGGUCCUAAAGAGGACCGACAUCUUAUGACUGGUCUCCACACGGUUGCCGAUGUACACUGCUCCGAUUGCAGAGAGGUGCUGGGCUGGAAGUAUGAAAGAGCCUACGAGGAUUCUCAAAAAUAUAAGGGAAAAUUGUGCUAGAAAAAUUCAAGAUUGUGAAGGAGAAUUGAUUGACUCGAGCACCAUAGCCGAUCUACGUAAAUAAUGAUGGUUGCAUUGCAGGUCAGCUUUGAUAACGGAGUCAAUCUAAGAAGCAUUGCUCUUCUUGUUUACGUUCCCUUAUUGUUUUUCUUUGAGAAAAACCAACUUCAAUAAGCUUGCUUGCUUGCUUGCUUUUAUGUGAUGAUAUAUGUAGACUGGGGACCUAUCAUACUUCUAUUUUAGUAGCUAGUUGGUCCAAAUUGUUCGAAUUUGUGCAUGUUGGUCGACUGUCCAGAUGUCCUCUUAGACAACCGGUGCAACACUUGUAUACCGCGGUUGUCACCCUAUCGACCACGACUAUCACUUGAUUGCCAGACAACCAGCAAGUCAAAAUUUGAGUCCUUCGAGCAAACUCAAAUUCAAAUUACGUAGCAUUGUUGAAUUGAUAGCAAAGAAAAUUUGAUAUGUCAGAGCAAGAAAAUUAAAGAGAAAUUUUCAUUGCCCCAGUGCAGACUUGGAAAUCUUACAUUCAAAUCCUUUAAUUGA